AUGCAUCUCGUCCUCCCACGCCGUAUCGUGGGCGGACUACAAAUACGAUCUGCUGUACGCGCAUCUCGGCACGCUCACGAACUCGAUGACUUGCCGAUGGCCGUUCCAGCUGCGCUUGUGAAUGAUAUCUCCGUGCAAGCACACUCAAUUAUGCCGCGAAAGGCACUUGGUCGAAGUUGGUGCGGUCACGGAACGAAGGCGCAGGCUUCACAAUAUACACCGAACUUUAAGGCCGCCGGUAGUCCUCGCUGA